UCAGAUACCAGCGCCGGAUUUUAUAAGAGCUGUUCCUCCUCUCCUUGAAUUUCUUCACUCUGCACACUCGAAGCCGCCAACAUGGUUGUAGGUUCUGUUCUUGUCACAGGUGGUACCGGCUACAUUGGCUCUUUCACAGCCCUCGCCCUCCUCGAUGCAGACUACAAGGUCGUCAUUGUCGACAACCUCUACAACUCAUCAGCCGAAGUCAUCAACCGCAUCGAGCUCAUCUGCGGCAAGCGACCUGCCUUUUACCAGUGCGACGUGACUGAUGAGGCCGCCCUCGACAAGGUCUUUGAGGAGAACCCAGAUAUUGACAAUGUCAUUCACUUUGCCGCCCUGAAGGCUGUUGGCGAGUCUGGCGAAAUUCCUCUCACAUAUUACCGCGUCAACGUUGGCGGCUCCAUUGCCCUCCUUACCUCCAUGGUCAAGCACAAUGUUAAUAACAUUGUCUUCUCCUCCUCUGCCACCGUCUACGGCGAUGCGACGCGCGUCCCCAACAUGAUCCCCAUCCCCGAACACUGCCCCAUCGGCCCGACCAAUGUCUACGGUCGCACAAAGUCCACCAUUGAAGGCGCAAUCACAGACACAAUCGAGGCUGAGCGCAACAACGCCAGGAAGGCUGGAAAGAGCGAACAGGAAAUCAACAAGUGGAAUGCCGCCCUGCUGAGGUACUUCAACCCCGCUGGUGCGCAUCCCAGUGGCAUCAUGGGCGAAAACCCCCUAGGUGUUCCUUACAAUCUGCUACCCUUGCUGGCUCAAGUUGCGAUCGGCAAACGCGAUAAGCUCCUCGUCUUUGGUGACGACUACGCCAGCAAGGAUGGCACAGCCAUUCGCGACUACAUCCACGUCCUUGACCUGGCGCGCGGCCAUCUCCAAGCCCUCAACUACCUGCGCGAACAAAAGCCGGGUGUCAAGGCCUGGAAUCUGGGUACUGGCAAGGGCUCCACCGUCAUCGAAAUGAUCAAGGCUUUUAGCAAGGUAGUCGGACGCGACCUUCCCUACGAAGUCGCCCCACGGAGACAGGGCGAUGUGCUUGAUCUCACGGCCAAUCCAAGUCUUGCCAACAAGGAACUAGACUGGAAGACCGAGUACACACUAGAAGAUGCCUGCGCAGACCUGUGGAAAUGGACAGAGAACAACCCAGAAGGCUAUAACCAGCAGCCACCAAAGGAGUUUGUCGAGGCUUUGAAGAACAAAAAGGCCUAAGCACAACACGGAAAAUGUUUAUUUGGGGGAAGACAAUUCCGAGACAUAUCUUGGUAACAUGAUCACGUGAUUUACACAUUUCUCGGAUAUAAUGCAUC